AGUCCUUAAUGUUGUUGUGACACCAAGGACCAGAUUCCAGCGAAUCCCUUCAAACACCAAUCCACGUUUAAACCGAUACUGUUGAGCACAUUUGGACACACGCUCUUCACCRGGCACGAUGAAAGGCUACCUGCUCACUGCGAUUUUUUUGUUCCUGCACUUGRUCACCUCAGAGUCUGGGCACUGCAUAAUAAAGCGUGAACAUGAGAAAUGCAUGGAAAUGAUAGAAAUGCACAACUCAGAUGACAUUGAAUUUGUGUGUCCUUGGAUGUGGGACAACUUGACCUGCUGGCAGGCUGCCGAUGUCGGUGAGGUCGUAACGGUCAAAUGUCCUGAGUUCUUUCAYGACUUCAUGACACCUGAAGAAGAAAUUGGGAAGGUCAAUCGAAACUGUACAGAGGAUGGCUGGUCUGAGCCUUAUCCUCACUAUGUGGACAUCUGCCUUCUUGACGACAACACGACAAAACCUGAUUAUUUUGCAUCGGUUAAAGCCCUGUAUACAGUCGGGUACAGCACCUCACUGGUCUCUUUAACCACAGCCAUGGUCAUUCUCUGCARAUUCAGGAAGCUGCACUGCACCAGAAACUUCAUCCACAUGAACCUGUUUGUGUCCUUCAUCCUGAGAGCCAUCUCUGUCUUCAUCAAGGACGGCGUGCUGUACCCUAAGGAAGACAGCGAACACUGCUUCAUGCACACAGUGGCGUGUAAAGCAGUGAUGAUAUUUUUCCAUUACUGCGUCAUGUCCAACUAUUUCUGGCUUUUCAUCGAGGGUCUGUAUCUCUUUACUCUGCUGGUCGAGACCUUCUUCCCUGAGAGACGCUAUUUCUACUGGUACACCAUUGUCGGGUGGGGAACUCCAACUAUAUGUGUGACUGUCUGGGCCGUUCUGAGGCUUCAUUUCCAUGACACAGGAUGCUGGGAAACGAAUGAGCACACUGCCCUCUGGUGGGUGAUUAAAGGACCAGUUGUGGCUUCAAUAAUGAUCAAUUUUGUUCUCUUCAUUGGGAUCAUCAUCAUCUUGGUGCAAAAACUCCAGUCCCCUGAUAUCGGAGGAAAUGAGUCCAGCAUUUAUCUCAGCUGUGCUCAGAAAUGCUUCAGUGAGCCCACACAGGCUGUUCAGCAUUCGUGCAGGAUGUCAGAGUUAUCCACCAUCACACUGCGUCUGGCACGCUCCACUCUCCUCCUCAUACCCCUGUUUGGUAUUCACUACACUGUGUUCGCCUUCUCGCCUGAGGAUGUCAGCAAGAGGGAGAGGCUUGUCUUUGAGCUGGGCCUUGGAUCCUUUCAGGGAUUUGUGGUUGCUGUUCUCUACUGUUUCCUCAAUGGAGAGUUUCUCCCUGAAGGUGCAGUCGGAGAUCAAGAGGAAAUGGCGCAGCUGGACGGUGAACCGGUACUUUGCUGUGGACCUGAAGCAGCAGAGGCACCCUUCGUUGGCCAGCAGUGGAGUGAACGGCGGGACUCAGCUGUCGAUCCUCAGCAAGAGCAGCUCGCAGAUACGCAUGUCCAGCCCGCUGGCGGAGAACGCCAACAUCAGCCUGCCGACCUGAGCGCCUGACAGGCCAGAGCCGACCUCAAGGUGCCGUUCCACUUAACGUUAGACCAACCAGAGCAGACCAAAGUGGCCCCUUGUAAUUCUUAUAUUUUCUACUUUAUAAAAAGGGAAAGCAUUUUACUAAAGAUGAUCAGCAUUAUUUGGGUAUACGAUGAAAUAGAAAUAUUUAUUUAUAAAAAAAAAAAAACAUGGCGAUGGUCAUUUUUUUUAUAAUUAUCACAGCACAUUAUCAUUUUAGAUAAAUAAAAUUAGAUUUAAAUUCCCUAUAAGCAAACCAUUCUCAGAAAUGUAAGCAAAUAAAGAUUGUGCCAUAAGAAAGACAUUGAUUUUCUUAAACAUUUUAAAAACGUGAUUCUUUAAUGUGAAAUAUUUGGGGGUCAGAUUUGAUCUGUUUGUGUACACUAACUGUGCUUCAAAGUGCCAUACAGUUCGCCUGACUGGAUAUCACUAUAGUCCAAAGGUUUAAAAAAAAUAAAAAAUAAAAAAUAACCAAAAGCUCGCCUUGCCUGUACAAAACGCUCAACGUUUAUAUGUAAAUGCCUCAUMUUGAAUUUAAACAUGUUCCUACAAUCAGCCGUAAGUACAGAGUAUGUCAAAAACACUCAUGUGUAAAUAGUUACUUUUAAUGUCUAGAUUAGAUCUAUGUCUUUAGCAACAGCAUAUUGUAAAGACCUUUUCAAACAAAAGGAACUGGAGCCCAAAUCUGUAGACACUGUCAUGUAUGCAGGGGACCCAGUGGCUCAUGCUCUCUCUAGUCCGGUUUUCCUUUAUACGAAAGAAGGAAGGGAAACAUGUAAUCUACAAGCUCAGUGAAUAAUGGCAGAGCAGCAAUUGCCAACUUUAAAAGAAAAAUAAAACCAGUUUUUGUUUUACCCUUCAAAGUGGAUCAUUUAGACAGAGGUGUUCCAAUCAAUCCGUGUAUUUCUUCGUUUUGUACAUUUGCAGUUUUUGUCAUUUCUUACCCAAACCUUUAUAAGUAGAAAAUUUUGUCAUCUGYCAGAGGACAUGGUGCACUGGCCAAGCGUGAUAAUAAAUAAUCACGCUUUGAGAGCCGAUUAUUUAAACUGACUUUCUAUAAUCUGCUUAUCGUCAACUCUAAGGAAAUGUGGUAAUCUGCCAACAGGAUGUUACUCAGUUAUUUUGGUUUUAACAGUGCUUACAAUCUUUCAAAUUUCAUAGUUAGGGAUUASAACCAACAUAAAAGGGAAUAGGGAGUUAAAUUAAGAGAUUUGAGCAUUUAUAACCAUUAAUCACAAUACUUAAUGAAAGCACGUACUUGCAACAAAAUAGUAAGAUGCUGCAGGAUUGUCAAAGAGCAUGGGUAUGUUAUGGUAUAAAAUGGAAGGGAAGAAAUGGUUCUGCAUAUGUACAAAUGGGCAAAGAAGGAAAAGUGGGCCAUUCAGCUAGUUUUUAACCACCACAAAUUUCAACAAACCCAAGAUGUGUUKUCUGUGAACAUGAGCAGUUUGUGCCAAUGUUUGUCUCCAAACAUAACUUCACCAUGCCAUGAUUCCAUAAGUGCUGUAUUUCAUUAUGGGUGGUCAUCCUCACUCUGCGCUCAUCGAUUGAGCUUAAAGCCCAUUGUGCCACCUUUMAGCAGCUCCUUUUGCAAUUUGAUUAGACACCUCGUUUUCCAAAGUGCCUACUCAUACAAAUAGCUAUCGCUUUAAUUAUCAGUGAACACGUGAUUUAAUGGAGUUAUUUUCUGCAAAGAUUAAAUGGUGGUUUUAUUGUGGAUAGCAUGCUUUUUGACAAUGUGUCUCUGGUAGUUGAAUAAUUUGCAACUUAUUAUAAGAGUUUAGCCUUUUUUUCUCAUGAAAUGCAAAAUAAAAUGAGGACGUAGUUGAACAUCUUUAACGAGAUUAAUCGAGGUGUUUUUAUUGCACCUACCAUUUGAAUUUCUAUAAUGGAAGUGUUAAUGGCAUUUCUAUGCCAUUACCACCACAUGUAUGACUUCAAAGUAGAAACAUCAAUAUUGUCAGUGGUCAAAAAAGGCUUUUGAUUUACUCGCUUCUGACAAUCGCAUUYACGUGUUGCUCUAUGUCCUUUUUUUUGUGGUCAAACCAGCUAAAAAGUCAUUACUGUACACAUGGAAACCAUGUUAAAUUAAAAUGUGAAAGGGUGUACAUAGGAGUUUUCCACCAUAUUUUUAAUUUAGAUGUUCGUUUCUUGUCAUACAAGUAUGUUAUAAGAUUGUUGUAUCUUUAAAUGAUGAUUUAUGAUACGUGUAACAGCUAUGGAUGUAUAUUUAUUUUCCAACGAUCAUGUGCUAUGUAACAUAUCGACUUGUACAGCUUACAAAUAGUUUUGUCCGUAACUUAAAUGUCUGAUUUUAUUACACUAACUGAUGCAGACUUGGUCAAAGUGCCAUAAAGAUUGUGUCCCUAUAUAAGAUUAUAAGGUGAGAUUUGUGGCAAAAGAUGGAGAAAAACCACAGCUUGUUGUGCAGAAAAAAUAGGGUGUAAAAUGGCUUUUAUGAAAAAACAUGAAGCUAGAAUUUUCUUUUUUCAAAGUAUGUACAUAGAGGAAAAAUUUUGACCACUGCAACAGUUGCGYUUGAGCGUGUGAUUAAAAACCACUCUGCUGCUUAUGUGUUUCUGUCACCAGCAUUCUGAGCCUGAACCUCAGAAAGAAACGACCAUGUUUUAACGCUGUUACUGUCUGAGAAAAAAAAAGAAGAGAUGAAAACUCCUCACAUGACCUUAAAUGUGCUGUGUAUUUGUCCACCACUAGAUGGAAGCAAAACUUUGUAAUAGACGAGAGAGCGCUGAAGGAAAGCUUUUUUUAUUUAUUGAGGCUUUGUAUUAUGAAUUUGCAGGACGAAUGUUUAAAAAGAGGAACAAUGUCUAYAUUUGUAUCAUUAUUAGCAUAAUUCCUUAUUUCUAUUUUACACGAAUUGYCAGACAAGCCAUGUCAGCCUAAUUAAUGCUGAUGUAAUUUUUAGCAGUACAUGAAAAAAGUCUAAUCCAGACUUCAGCUAAAAUCACCCAUAUUCAUUUCUAUUGCUUCAAAGCAAGGUGAAGGAAAUCUCAGUCUCUAAAACAAAAGAUUUACACUUACACUUGAAGAGUUAUACUUUGUUMUUUACGACAAGUUUAUAUCAUAAUUAAACAGAACUGUGUAUAUUAUCCAACAUAACACUUAGAGAACMUUUUGUUUUUACCUUAAUAAUAACAUUCCAUUAGAAAUUUUUAGCAACCACUUCAAAUAUGUUUACGUCUGAAUUAACCCUUUGCBCUGAGGUAAAWGAGCUUGUUAACUCCUUUUAGAUUGAGAUGUUGAAAAGGUAGACUAUAGUAUGACAGAUAAUAGUUGAUAAAACAAAACACAUAUUGAACACUUAUUUUCCCAUUAAACUCAAAAGCCCCUAUAAGACGGCCUCUCCAUCAUGUGUUCUGUGAAAGAACUAACAUGGAGAGAGGAGUUGAGAUAGAUCAGCCCRACGAUGUUGCAACCCUCCUUCCAAAGUGAGGUAGUUACAGCCCCAAACCAGCUGACCUGCACAGGGGGUCGAAGUUGUGAUUAAUGCUUUGUGUGGCCAGUCAGAUGUGAGAUGUAAAAGUGUAAUCAAGGCCCAGAAAUCUCUAAUCGAGCUUCUAUUUCUAGUAAAAUAUUUCUAAUAUUUCAAAAAAAUGUUAGAGUCCAAAACGUAUCUGAAAAAAGAGUAGUCUAACUAGAAAAUCAAUUGCUAUACAUGAGACAUGUURGUAUGUCUAGUGGUAGUAGCUAACUCUCAGGGGUGAAUUCUUGGGGGUACUAAGACAGAAGAAAAAA